GGCAAGACAGAUCACACCGCAAUGAAGGGAGAAGGAGAAUGGAUAUUAAUGAGCGAUGAUAAAGCAGCUACCAGCUGCGCCCAUCUGUAUAACCGAGGAAUAAGACAAGAUGGUGUUUACACUAUCAAUCCUGAUGGUCUGGAAUCGUUUCAAGUCAAAUGUGAUAUGAGCACAGACAAGGGAGGCUGGACCGCGUUUCAAAGAAGACAAGAUGGAAGUCAAGAUUUCUAUCGUGGAUGGUCGGACUAUAAAGCAGGCUUUGGUGAUCUUAACGGCGAGUUCUGGUUGGGCCUUGAUAAAAUACAUCGUUUGUGGAAAUCUGGCCAAAACGUUCUAAGAGUUGAUUUGAUGGAUUUCAUUGGCGCUAAACGUUACGCUAAAUAUGGAACAUUUAGUGUGGCUGAUGAAUCAGACAAAUACAGAUUGAAUAUUGGCAAUUAUUCAGGUGACGCAGGUGAUUCUCUGGCUUAUCACAAUCAAAUGCAGUUCUCGACCAAGGAUAGUGACAAUGAUGUUGUUAGUGGUAAUUGUGCUAUCACGUACAAAGGAGGUUGGUGGUACAAGACCUGUCAUAAGUCCAACCUCAAUGGCCUGUACCUGAGUGCAGGUCAGAAAGAUAACCGUGGGAUAAAAUGGAACAAGUGGCAUCAUUAUUCAAUGAAAAUGACGGAGAUGAAAAUUCGUCCAAGUCAGUUUUAAUGUAUUCCUGCACCACCAUU